AUGACCACGCACAUGCUUUCAGGUGGUGGCAUGGAAUCGGUUCUAAAUGCCGAUGUCAUCUUUGACUCGCCUUAUGCCACCUUCAGACUGACCGAGGUUCUAUGUGGCGUCUCUUUAGCCGGAGCUCCGCCUCAAGCCAUAGUUUUGUUUGGAAACUCCAAAAAAUUGUUCUCAUUCAAUGCAAGGAUACUCGCAACUAAGAAGGCAGUCCCAAGAACCUUGGGCUAUGACGAAAUUUCCAGCGUGAGCCCAAACAGUGUCAUCAUAUCACGGUUGGCAGCAUGGGAGGCUUGGGAAACUGCUAUGAAUAGGCUAACUAUGCGCGACCAGGAGCUCUAG